AUGUCGACGUUAACUAUGGGCAGUAACAGAAGAAAGUUCCGGAAAGCUUUGGAAAGAGAGAAAAAAAAAACUGUACUAAAAAAAUCGCCUUGGGAGCGCGAUGCAGCUCAUCACUACACCAUUCCGAUUCUACUCGUGAACCCUGCGAAUAAAGCAAAACUUUCCGUGCCUCUGUGGAUUGAAGCCCGGCCACUAUAUCAAGAUCACGGAUGGCAUGCCAUGGCUGAACGCAACGAUGAAAUCAUUAAGGAAUUGGAAGCACUUCACCAAAGAAAAUAUCAUUUACAAGUUCAAGCUGAAGUAAACGAUCCAGAAAUUCGACGGAAUUUCAAGAAUGAUAAAAUCGAUAUGUUUAUACCUGUUUAUCGUCAUUUAAAAGAAAAGCAUUGGAAAUCUGGUCCUCUUCCGAAAUUGAUGGAACGUAUAACACAAAUGUAUGUUGUACCAGAUGUAUUUCCAGACUUAGAGCCUACGAUAUGCCUUGAAUUUAAAUUUGAUGAUGAAUUUGUUGAACCUGGAUGUUUUCAACGGCCUAUAAGAACAAUAAACCCUCCUACAAUUGUUAUGAACAGUUUCCAUGUAGAAACGCGCUUAUAUACUCUCAUUAUGGUAGAUCCAGAUAUGCCUGAUGUAGAAAAUAAAAGUUUCCAAAUGCAAUGGCAUUGGCUCAUAACAAAUAUUCCUAUUAAUGCUACGAAAACUGACAUCUCUGGUGGAAAUGAAAUCUUACAGUAUGUGUCGCCACAUCCGCCUAAAGGUACUAAAUAUCAUAGAUAUACCUUGGGUGCUUUUGAACAGCCCGAUGGUAAAAUCGAAAUGACAAAAAUGGAUCUAAAAAUGAAUGUUCGCGAGUUUGUAAAUCAAUAUAAUUUGAUAUUACGUGGUGCAACAUUUUUUCGUGAAGUAUGGGAUAAGGAUGUUAGUUCAAUUUAUAAAAAUCAAUUAGGUAUCAGUGAGCCAAUAUACGGUAAACCACCCAAGAUUGACCAUUAUUUGGAUGCGACUGGAAAAAAACGACCAUCGAAAUUUAUAGAAACUUUAGAAUAA